AUGGGAGCCCUUGCCCAGGCAGCCACGUUCAAGGCUGAUAUUAGAGCUGAUAGCAACCGCGACGGCAAGGUUGAUACCGAGGGCUUAUCAGACUUGGGAAAAGGGAAAGAAACCGGGAGUGAAGAAGUCGGUGCUCUUUUCCUUCCCAAUAUUGGCGAUACUUCCGACAGGUGCCGCGAGCUACAUGAGGCUCAGCCUGCUGCCCUGGUGAAAUGCAAUGACGCUUCUGAUGACAUCCAGCGGGCAUCUAAAUACCUGGCUCCUCUACGGACAGUCCCUAUUUCGUCUCUCGGCUCAUCAGCAGUCGGCCGGAUCUCAGUUUCGGAUCCAUUAGCCCGCAAGUGUGUCCGCAUCUUUCAUCGGAGCGCUGCACCGGAGUUUUCUCAGGAGCAAAAGGAUGUCUUCGCAAUUUUUUCUGAAGAGGAGCCAGACAAUGAAUGGACAAUUGUUGACGAGAAGACAACCUUUUCUGCCACAGAGCUUGCCCAGGGGCUGCAGCUUGGAAUCGACGCCCGCGGUCCUCGAGGUCACCUGGUGGCCGAGAUUGAUGAUGAUGGCAAUUCUAAAACCGACAAGAAGACAAAGACACAUUUUGCUGGUAUCGAAGCCAGCGCGAAGAAGGCCGGGAUUGAGGAACCAGUCCAACAAACGUCUGCACCUAACGGCUUCAUCCAAGACCUCUUCGAAACAAUGCAAGCUAGCAUUCCCGGACCAGAGGGCACAGUUAUUAGCUUGCCUAUUAUUCUGCCAGCACCGAUGGCACAUGGCUUAUAUCACGUACCGCAGGCUGUGGCCCGCCAGAUUCGUUCUACUGGAGUUGGUAUGGUUACAGACGUACAGCCCCAAGGGUCAAACGAAGAGACGCUUGAUGCCAUGGGAAACUUGGAAACGAUCCCGCCCUACGAGUUCAAUGGCAAGAACUUCUCGGCGGGAAGAAUAGUCAUGGGUGCCAAUCAGACGGCGGGGAGGGUGCCGUUAUCAUUGCCCUUUCUUCAGGCCCAGGAGAUGCAGGAUCCGCUGCUUAUAGACACGACGUGGCUCGAGGUCCAGCAUGUGGACGAGUUUCUCCAGUUCCUGCCGGCCAAGACAUCCCAGACGUCUCGCAAAUGGUGCGUCAUGGUUAGUGAUCCGCUGGCGACACUCGAGAUCUUGCGAGGAGCCCAGGCCGAGGGCCACGGCAAUGACACGUAUAUAACUCGGCCGGCUGGAAACAAGUACACCUUUAAUACGGUGGACAAUAUCUUGGGCGACGGCUCAUUUGCAAAGACAAACGAAGAGUGCGCGCGGCGCAUUCAAGGGGUCCUUGACGUGCUCAAGGCCGAAACUGGCAUCACGGAAGACGACAUCUUUCGCGUUCCGGUGCUAUACGACAGACCGAAGUUGAAAUUUCCAUCCAACGGAGACUUCCAGGUUCGCGCCGUAUACCCCAACGCCAUCAAUGGCCUCGUCCUGAAUGACUGGCUCUACGUGGCACCGAAGCAAUGGGCCGUGGUUAACGCCACGGGUACAGACGUUAUGCAGUAUGCCGUGGAAAUGGCGUAUGGAAAGGCUGGCUACAAGGUCGACUUUGUAGACGACUGGGAACUUCACAUGAGAAUGGGAGACAUUCAUUGUGCUACAAAUGUCUUUCGGGAACUACCGGGGCCUAUGCCUGCGUAA